GAGAAGAGUUUAGGAAACAGCAACACUCUAGAGAUACUGUACUAUGCAGUUGUCUUUAAUAUUCUUCAGAAAUGUGUGACUCUAUCUGAUUUAAAUGUAACAGACAGAAAGAAUCAAUAUAUGAAUUUAAAAUUAAAAGAAGAAGAGACAUCUCUUAUUAUGCAGGGUUAAUUAGAUCUUUGCUGCUCAGUAUGUUAGCUUUAUAAAAUGUUAAAUCACCUUCAUUUGGCAGCUACUUAACAGUAAAGUGACCUUAGAAAGAUGACAACUUCUAUAGAGGAGAAAGAACUCCAGGAGAGACUGAGAGAAGCAGCUGCUUUGGGAGAUAUUGGGGAGGUCCAAAGACUGGUGGAAUUCGGAGUGAAUGUCAACUCUCAAAAUGAAAUCAACGGCUGGACUUGUUUGCACUGGGCAUGCAAACGGAACCAUACUCAAGUGGUGUCUUAUCUGAUAGAGUCUGGUGCUGAUAAGGAGAUUCUCACAAGUAAAGGAGAAACGCCAGCCCAGUUAACCUCAAAGAGAGAGAUUAGGAAAACAUUGGGAGUGGAAGAGGAUGAACUUGCAGAUUUGAAGCAAGACUCAGACUUGCCAAUUGUCCCGGAUUAUUUGGCUAAUCCACCUUUCCCUUAUGUUUAUAACACAAUGAGUAACAGCAUUCCAGACCCUUCCACUGGCUCGCUGAAUGGAAGCUUCCCCGUAUCCUUAGAAUUGCAAGCUGUAGAUUAUCCCAUUUCAUUACCUCGAGUCAAAGCAUGCGCUUCUGCAACAUCACAACAUGAAAAUGUUGCUUCUGCAGUGGCUGAUAAUGAAGAUAUGUUGACAUCACCCGGAGCCUGUACCAUGCCAGAAUGCCCGAAGCCUGUAGUCCAGAAUGGUCCCAUUCACCAGGCAUCUGUGCCUCAGAGCAGAAGUUUCCCUUCUCCAGCUGCAUCAAAACAGCCUGUAUCUCAGCAACAGAAUGGCUCAUGUCUGGGGCCUAUGCCAACAUUUCAGCCAUUUUUCUUCCCUGGAGCUUUCCCAUUUAAUAUGCAAGAACUGGUGCUUAAGGUGAGAAUUCAGAACCUUUCUCUUAGAGAGAAUGACUUCAUUGAAAUUGAACUGGACAGACAAGAACUAACCUAUAAGGAACUGCUCAGAGUGAGUUGCAGUGAACUGGGUGUUAAUCCAGAACAUGUAGAGAAGAUCAGAAAAUUACCAAAUACGGUAUUAAGAAAGGACAAAGAUGUUGCAAGACUUCAGGAUUUCCAAGAACUGGAGCUGGUUCUAAUAAUCAAUGACAAUAACUUUCUGUUUAGAAAUGCUGCAUCUAUAUUGACUGAAAGGCCUUGUUACAACAAUAAAGCAUCAAAACUGACUUAUUAACUGUUUAAAGCAGCAUAAAACAAAAUAUUUGUAUCUUGUGCUUUAAAGCAAUGAACUUAUAAGGGCUAAUAUCCUGAAAAAUUCUAUUUUAUUACUUUUGAGAUAAAGUUGACAUGUCAUGCACAGUUACAACCUACAGCUCAUCUCAGACUAACUUGCUCUGAUAUGAAACUGUGCUUAUGAAAAGAAAGCAAUGGUAGAAUUCUGAGUCUAUUCAUGUAGCACUCUGUUCCUUACACAACAGUAAUCCCUGACUUCAAACACUGUAGAGUUAGAAGCUCUCAAGGAAAAGCUUAAAUUGUUCUAAUAAUUGUUAGCUAUAAAAUAGCAGAAGCACUUAUGCUGAAGGACAGAACAUGAAACCCAUUUAGUGUUUGAACCAAAUUACUUAAUGUGCACAGACAUCCCACUGUCAUUAAUAGGAGAUACAUGCGUGAGGUGACAAGCAAACAUACCCCUUGUUUAGGAGGAAAAUGGAAGGAUUUAAGUCUGUGGAAGAAGCACAAAACUCCAUUUGUCUCGUUUAAGUAUUAAGUUACUAAUUAGAUGUGGUUUCUUAAACCUCAUUUAUAAAUAUUUCUCAGGUUGAAGAUAAAAAAUUACAGUUGUUACCCAAAUUGUAAAUAUACCAUUGACCAAAAUAGCUAGGGUUUUUUAAAUCUCAUGGCUGCUUCUCAACACACGGUAUUGAAAUGUUUGAUAACAAAAGGUCCUCUUCCUCUCUCUCUCCUUCUCUCUUUUGUUGCUUUAUGAUCAAGAAGUUUCUCUACUGCUGCUUUAAAAUGGCAGUUAUUUUUCACUCCAUGGACAAGUCAAUGUGAUUUCCACAUGAGAAAGGAGCACAAAUAUUGCAGUUCCAUUUUCCUCCAACUCAUCCUUUCAUGAACAGAUCAAUCCCUGAAACCGUAAAUUUAUUAUGUAAAAAGGAAGCUAGUCAAAUGCUUAGCAUUUUAAAAACUGGGAUGACAUUUGAAUCUUGGGAUUUCUAGGCAUUUUUUUUCUUUUUCAAAGACAACUAUUUAUGUUUCUUAUUGCAUGGUCACCUUUUCACAUUCCUGCUAACUUAAAUUCAGUGUUAUGCUCCUCUGCUAUGAAAUCCUGGAAUAAAUACAUUGGAAAACAUUCAAGUUGAGUAAUCUGUUAAGGAUUUUUUUAUCCAGUUUAUUCACUUUUUUUUUAAAAUUUACAAAACCAUCCUCUUUAGCAGAAAGGACCUAAUCUGUUAACCUAGCUAUAGAAGUAUGUACUGUACUGAGAAUUAGAUGGAUGAAAGCUCUAGAUAACAGGAGAACAUAGUUGACUGCUGAUUUGAACUCUCUCCACUAUUAAGAUUUUUUUCUUAGUGCCUUUCUUUUCCAAAGAACCUAACUUCCUAACUCUUAGUUAAUUGGAUUUAAGCACUACACAUUAACUUAGGGUUUAUAAAAUGGAUAAUAUCAGUAGAACAGACUGUAACAAGAUAAGUCUCUUCUCAUGGCAUAAAUGUUAAAGGAGAGAUGCGGUGUAGUCUGAUCCAGGGACAAUCUGUUUCUUUUAUACCAGCUUACUGAUGUUGAUCUAACCACUGUGAUGGAAGUUUAUAUAGUAGAACAAUUGCUCACCAUAUAAUUACUGACCUGCAUUCUUACUGACUGACAGAAGAGACCUAUUUUAGGCUUUUGUCAUUCAGAAGCCAUUUUAUCUGUAAAAGUACUGUCGUUUUUAUGAAUGAACUGGUAUGCUUUACCAGUGAAAAGGUCAGCCAUUGGAUUGACUAAAUUCAUUUGGUAUAGUGAUUAUAUUACGCAGUUGCUGGUAGCUAUCUAUGCAUUCAAAGGAAUAUUUUUAUACUUAUACCUUAUGCAAUUUAUAACUGAGCAUAUUAGCUUUGCUAACUGAAUUAAUUGGAUAACUGUAUCAUGUGAACAUUAUUGUGUCUGACCAUCAAGGAUUCAUUAUCUUUGUGCAUUGCUACGUGAAAAUGUUUAAGUAUUAUUUAUGUAUUAAAUGACUUGCUUGGCUCUAGAUUCUUGUUUCUAUUGAACUUGUAUUCUUUUUAUAAUUAAUAAAUUAUUAUUAU